AUCACUCCCAACAACAACCACCCUUCAUGUACCUUCGGUGAUCAUGAGUCAGGAAUACUUUUCGAGAAAUGGUGGAUCUUCCGCUGGGGAAGGUUCAUCCAGACACCCGCCAGAGGAAUCGCCGUCGUCGUCGUCGCCCCCGUCCGAGUACCCUUUCCAUCCGACAGCUCCGCCCGCCUAUAUGACCGUGGGGAAUGGAUCGACGUCGCAGAGUGCCACCGCCUUGAUGUCCUCGCUGAAUGAGGAUUCGGGGUACGGAGGGAGCAGUGUCAUGGAUGGAGAUGAGACCAGCGGGUGGAGAUCCGAUCUGAUGGUCGAUCGACCGACCCCGGUGCAUACGCCGACACAUCCCGGCGAGUGGAAUCCGGCUGCCGAACACGAGCGCCAGGUCGUCGCCAGCCAUGUCCAUCAACUCCUCUACAAUUCGAAUCGCACGAAGCUGGGACGCUCCAUCUCGCGCACCAUCGAGACCCUCAAGGAACUCCAGGAGAUGAACCGGCAGUGGCCUGCCCACUAUCCCGCCGUGCAAAGCACUCCCGCCUCCCCGUCGCUACGGCCCACCAUGCGCUAUCGCCAGUCCGACCUCGGGGAGUUACAGGCGCAGAGGGAACAGGAUAUGCCCCGUCCCGGUCAGAUCAAACGUGCCGCCACCAUGGCCGCGGGCGAGGAUGUGCCCGAGUCCAGUGCCACCGCGGAGCGUCGACCGGCGCCGGAACCGCGAUUGAUGGGCCCGCAGAUCGCCCAGGAGUUUUCUAUCUUGAAGCUGGACUUGAAGCUAGGCGCGCUGUCGCAGGCGGAGCUGGUGCAUUCGCUGGAGAAGAGCUCGAUCGCGUCGCUGCUGGAUGGGAAAGUCAGUCAGAGUAUCAAGCAUCUGCUCUCGCUGCGGGAUCGCAUCGAGGACACGUCGAGUAAGGUCCUGAUCACGGGAGAUCUGAACGCCGGGAAGUCGACUUUCUGCAAUGCCCUGCUCCGUCGCAAGGUGCUCCCCGAGGACCAGCAGCCCUGCACCAGCAUCUUCUGCGAGGUGUUGGAUGCGCGCGAAAACAGCGGCGUCGAGGAAGUGCACGCCGUGCACAAGGACCAACACUACAGCCGCAAUGACGAGAGCACGUACGACGUCUAUCCGCUGAGUGAGUUGGAGAAUAUCGUGAUCGAAAACACCAAGUACAUGCAGUGCAAGGUGUACGUCAAGGAUGUGCGGACGAUCGACGAGUCGCUACUCAACAAUGGCGUGGUGGAUAUCGCGUUGAUCGAUGCUCCCGGGCUGAACUCGGACUCGCUAAAGACCACCGCGGUGUUUGCUCGACAGGAGGAGAUCGAUGUCGUCGUGUUCGUCGUCUCGGCGGCCAACCACUUCACCCUGUCCGCCAAGGAGUUCAUCCACAAUGCCGCCCACGAGAAGGCCUACAUGUUCAUCGUUGUCAACGGCUUCGACCAGAUCCGCGACAAGCAACGCUGCGAGCGCAUGAUUCUGGACCAGGUCGGCAAGCUCAGCCCCCGGACAUACAAGGAAUCCGCCGAGCUGGUCCACUUCGUCUCCAGCAAUGCCAUCCCUGUGGCGCCUCCGGGUUCGAUAGAGAGUGUCGGCGCCGGUGGUGGUGGUGGUGGUGGUGGUGACGGCGGUGGCUCCGAUCCCCAUGGAGAUGAUGACGACGAUGGCAAGCCCGACGACAAAGGAAAAGACAAGGGCAAAGGCAAGGAAAAGGAAAAGAUCCAGGACUUCGAGGAACUCGAAAGCUCACUGCGGCGGUUCGUUUUGGAAAAGCGCUCGCGGUCCAAGCUGGCCCCCGCCAGGACCUACCUUCUCAACCUGCUGGCGGACUUGAAUUCGUUGGCCGCGGUCAACCGUGACGUGGCCCAGAGUGAAUUGGACCGUGUCACUCAGGAACUCUCCGAACUCGAACCCGCUUACGAGGACGGCAAGAAGAGGAGGGUGGAGAUCGGUGAGCAAGUCGAGAAGUGUAUCGACAAUUCUACCGACGACGUUUACAACCACACGCGGUCCACUCUUGCCCGUACCAUCGCCCAUGUCUCCGAGGCCGACCUGGGUGUUGAAUACCCCGGCCUGUUUUCGGCGUUCCAGUACGCCGAAGAUCUGAAGGCCGCCAUGCUGGACCGGAUCUCUGCCAAGGUCUCGGACUGCGAGGAUUAUGCCCGCGAGAAGACCACCCAGGGGGUAGGAUUCAUUCAAAGCAUCGGACUAUUGCAUGUCGGAGAGGACAAGUUCCCACCCCUCAACUUCCGCUCCGAGAUGAUGUUCCGCCGAGGUCGCCGUCACACGAUGGCCCGCCAGGUAGAUACGGAAGUUGAGCUCUUGGAUUUCUUUGAUCUGUCCAGUCUCUGGGAGCAACAGGAAAAGAUGGCCGGAACGGGUGUGGCCAUGACGGCGGUGACGGUCCUAGGAGGCAGGCUCUUCGGUGGCAUCAGCUGGAUCGACAGCCUGUUUAGCGCCGUCAAGGUUCUCGGUCCGAAAAACGUGCGACGCCUCUUCCUGCCCGGUGUGGUCGCUGCCGCCGUUCUCACUACCGCUUACGUGCUUUCUUCCAUUCCCACCACACUGCCCCCUCGUCUGUCACGCAAGCUCGCCGUGGCUCUCUCCGAUACGGACUACGUGCACACCAACGCCACGCGGAUUUCGGCGGAGGUUCGCCGCAUCCUCCGUCUUCCCGCCGGCAACCUCCAGGCCAGCCUGGCGCAGGACGUCGAGGACCUCGGGAGACGCAAGCAAGAAGUCGGCAAGACGAAGCACGAGAGCGACGCCGCGCGCAAGUACUUUGCCAAUCUCUUCCGCGACAGCGGCGAGAACCGCCGCUCCGUCGAGGACAUCGACCUUGACGCGCCGCUUCCCGGCGGUAUGGCGGCGCACGCUGCCUAAACCGACGAGUGUGCGCUGGCUUUGUAAAAUUAAUAACGCAUGUACGAUUGAUUCUACCUAGAAUGGGGUUCCGACGUCGACUUUGGUUUGUGCUUUGUACCUUUGAAAUAUUCCCCGGGCACAGCUGUUUCCUCUACUACUUUCCUUUGUGUUUUUGUCUUUCCUUUUCGCCCAACAAUACCCUUCCCAAUUUAUGUGAAUGUAUACCUAGGGAGUUGUCUUUGCUCAGCUACCAGGUAUAUCCCUGGUGACCCCGAUAGCAAUGUGAACGCCCCCUUUCCUUUCGAAAUUGGUUUCCACAAUUGGCUUUGUAUCACUGUACAUGACAUGAGUAUAGGAUACUCCGGUAUCUAUUUAGCUUGAUCAAAUUGCAUACCGCAUUGAAUGAAAC